AUGACAAAAUAUCCUGUAUUGGAUCAAAAUGAUUUAUUUGGUAUAAUUGAGGACUUUAGAAGUAUUGAUUUAGAUGAUAAAGGUUGGGUUGAAAAGAAAGAAGUUAUAAAUUCCAUUUCUAAAAAGGGUCAAUAUACUUAUGAUCAAGCUAGAGAGACUUUAAAAACAGUUGAUGUUGAUGCAUCAGGUCAUGUUGAAUUAGAAGAUUAUGUUCAAUUGAUUGCUCAUUUAAAGGAAGAAACCAAUGGAACACCAGGUCCAGCACCAGCAACUCCAGCUACUCCAAGUUCAAGUGGCAAUAAUCAUUUAUCAGCUUCAUCUCCUUCUACUGCUUCUGCUACUUCUCCAGGUAGAUCGAAACCAGCUCCUCCUAUUGCUACUGCCAAUACUACCAAUAAAACUUAUUUAGGUGGUAAAACUUCAGGUACUACUCAUACUAUUAAUGAUGAAGAAAGAACAGAAUUUACAAGACAUAUUAAUUCUGUUUUAAGUGGUGAUGCGGAUGUGGGUGAUAGAUUACCAUUUGAUACUCAAACUUUCCAAAUCUUUGAUGAAUGUAGAGAUGGUUUAGUUUUAUCGAAAUUAAUUAAUGAUUCUGUUCCUGAUACUAUUGAUACAAGAGUUUUAAAUACUCCAAAGGGUAAAAAAGUUUUAAAUAAUUUCCAAAUGAAUGAAAAUGCUAAUAUUGUUAUUAAUUCUGCUAAAGCUAUUGGAUGUGUGGUGGUUAAUGUUCAUUCUGAAGAUAUUAUUGAUGGUAAAGAACAUUUAAUCUUAGGUUUAAUUUGGCAAAUUAUUAGAAGAGGAUUAUUAUCAAAAGUUGAUAUUAAAUAUCAUCCUGAAUUAUAUCGUUUAUUAGAAGAUGAUGAAACUUUAGAACAAUUUUUAAGAUUACCUCCUGAACAAAUCUUAUUAAGAUGGUUUAAUUAUCAUUUAAAAAAUGCUGGUUGGGCUAGAAGAGUAAGUAAUUUUUCUAAAGAUAUUAAUGAUGGGGAAAACUAUACUGUAUUAUUAAAUCAAUUACAACCUGAACAUUGUGAUUUAUCAGCUUUAAAAAUCCCUGAUUUAUAUCAAAGAGCUGAAAAAAUUUUAAAUGAUGCUGAUAAAAUUGAUUGUAGAAAAUAUUUAACUCCAAAUUCAUUAAUUUCAGGUAAUCCAAAAUUAAAUUUAGCGUUUGUGGCUCAUUUAUUUAAUACUCAUCCUGGUUUAGAUCCAAUUGAAGAACAUGAACAAAUUGAAAUUGAAGAAUUUGAUGCUGAAGGUGAAAGAGAAGCUAGAGUUUUUACAUUAUGGUUGAAUUCAUUAGAUGUUGAUCCUCCUGUGGUUUCAUUAUUUGAAGAUUUAAAAGAUGGUUUAAUUCUUUUACAAGCUUAUGAUAAAGUUUUACCAGGUUCAGUAUCUUUUAAACAUGUUAAUAAAAGACCAGCUAAUGGGGGUGAAGUUUUAAGAUUUAAAGCUUUAGAAAAUACUAAUUAUGCGGUUGAAAUUGGUAAAGCUAAUAAAUUCUCUUUAGUAGGUAUUGAAGGAUCAGAUAUUGUUGAUGGUAAUAAAUUAUUAACCUUAGGUUUAGUUUGGCAAUUAAUGAGAAGAAAUAUUGUUAAUACCUUAUCUGAAUUAGGUAAAGGAUCUAAUUUAACUGAUUCAGAUAUUUUGAAAUGGUCUAAUGGUCAAGUGGUUAAAGGAGGUAAAACUUCAUCCAUUAGAUCCUUUAAAGAUUCUUCAUUAUCAAAUGGGGUAUAUUUAUUAAAUGUUUUACAUGGUUUAAAACCAGGUUAUGUCGAUUAUGAUUUAGUUUAUCAAGGUUCAAACUUAUCUGAUGAAGAAAAAUAUGCUAAUGCUAAAUUAGCCAUUUCAAUUGCUAGAAAAUUAGGAGCUUUGAUUUGGUUAGUUCCUGAAGAUAUUAUUGAAGUUAGAAGUAGAUUAAUCUUAUCAUUUGUUGGUAGUUUAAUGGCGGUUGCUGAAACUUUAUAA